AUGGCUGGUUUCUCGCUCAAUGCUUCAAUUGCUGAUAUUAUUUCGAAUGGGGUGUGGUUGUGGCCGGAUGCUUGGUAUGAUCUCUUCCCCGUUUUAAUUAAUAUACCUGUUUUACAGCUUGAACCGAAUAAGCAGGAUACUUUGGUAUGGAAAGGUGUAGAUCAUAGUGAGUGUACCUACUCUUCUUCUAUUGCUUGGGACUUAAUUCACAGUAAAGAGCAGCUUGUUCCGUGGUAUAAACUCAUUUGGAAUGCCCAGUGUAUUCCCCGACACGCAUUUAAUAUGUGGCUUAUUAUGAGAAAUAAGCUUCUAACGCAGGAUGUCAUUUUAUCAUGGGUACCGCCUCGAAGAAAGACUAUGGAUAUGAUGUGUUGUUCACUAUGUACUGCUGAUUUUGACUCACAUUCCCAUCUGUUUUUCGAGUGCUCGUUUUCCACUCAGGUUUGGUUUCUGGUUCGUGAUUUGGCUGACUUGCAUACCGUCCCCCCGGUUUGGCAACAGGUCAUCGAUGUUCUUCUGCAGCAUGCCUCCUCAGAGUUGCUGAUCAAUGUUAUUCGGAGGCUUCUUGUGGCAGCAGUGGCUUACUUUAUUUGGCAGGAAAGGAACAAUAGAAUGUUUCGAAAUCAGAGUCAUCCACCUGAUGUACUGUGCAAGGAAAUUCUACAUAUGGCCCGGUCGAAGCUAAUGGGAUUGAUAUUUAAGAAGACAGAUCGUGUUUCUUCUCUUCUUGAUCGAUGGGAGGUGCAUGGUGAAAGCUUAUUCAAGAGGUUUACUUAA